CCUCAAUAUCAGGCCUCGACCACAACGAACAACAGCGACAUUCUGGUGCGAUGACACACUCCACUCGGUUUAACCUGCCGGACGACCUCGUCGUCGCAAUCGCGACUGAACUCAAACGCGUGGGAGGUACCACCGUCGACCUACUCAACUUUACCCUCGUCAGCAAACGAUGGCAGCAUCUGGGCUUGCCGGUUUUCUACGGCAACAUCGCGCUCACCAACACGACAUUAACUCCAUUCGUCGAUUCCUUCAACGCAGCGACAUACGGCAAACAUGUUCGCUCGCUGACCGCGCGCUUUGAGGCCGACAGCGGUGUUCACCCCUCAACACUUGCCAUGUUCACUGGACCACACGGUCCUCCGGUCAUGAGUUCUGACUUCUCCGGUUUUGGCGUUUCGUUGGGCUCUCCCUAUCCUGCAUCAACCCCAACGGCAGUCGAUGAAAUGCUCGAGCGGCUGGUGCCGAUGAUUCCCAGUCUUGUGGAUCUUAGGUCGUUCAGUCUGUAUGUGGCGCCAUCAGCAUAUCGUUUGGUCCGACGAGCGACGCUUAUUGCGCUUCUCGAAGCUUUGCCAGCCACUUGCACAAACUUGGAGAUGGACACCCAUGCCCAGGAUCAUCGUGAGGAAGACGAGAAGGCCCACGUUUGCGAUGCAGUACGCACCCUGCUUCCUCGCAUGCACCACGUGCGCAUUCGGGUUGGCGCAAUGUGCAGCGCAAUGUUCAGCGCUGAUCAGAAGCUGCACAUGCCCCGAGAAGAUGGCACUACGGAAGACGAUUUCACCACUGUCACCACGCCACACCUCAAAUCGUUGGUUGUCAACUGCGGGUUUGGCGGCCCACAGAUCCAAAUGUGUGGACAAGCCGACUACACGAGCCAUGCAAAGCACCCAGGACAGCCCGAAGGACUUGCGUUGUCGUCCAUGACUACUGGCCUAGAGCGACUCGUUUCUCAACAGGGCGAAGCUCUCAAAGAUUCGCGAAUCUACCUCGUGGUGGGAUUGGAGGGCGACGGUGCGUACCAGCAAUGCCAGACCCAGCUUCGUGAAGAUGUGGUUGGAAGAAUAAUCUGGGCAUUUCCAGUCUUCCGAUUCGGUCCUACACUCUCCUCUGGCAAGUACAUCAUGCGACUAUACGACGGCUCGGAAUAUGUGCUUUCUAACACAGAUCAAAUCGAAGCUCUUUCCGAAGGCUUUGUAUGGAAAGACGAUAUAGGCGGCGCUAGACUGCCAGCGCAGAUACUGGCUGCAGAGAGAGAUGGAUUAAGUUCGUUCGCUACUGGAUGUGUGGAGUCGAGACUGCCUGCACAGAGUGGGAAAGAGUGGGCUGCACAAGCUGUGGCAGAACAUCCCAUGGUGGCUCUCAGCACCCAAUGGCGCAAUGAAGAGAUGGUGGGCGAGCGGCUCGUGUCUGCAGAGAAGAGGACACGGAACGACUACAAUGGGCCUAUCAAGGAAAUUACUCCAGCAGGAUGGAAGCGCACAAGAGACGGUCAUGGCAUCAAGCGUGCCUGAGCACAUAAGCAUGGGGGCUACAUUGCGGAAAACACUACA